AUGUCUGUCCCACGUAUCCCACACAUCCCUGAUGAGCUGCAGAAGGGUGUCAGUGUUGUCGUUGAGACGAAGUUCGGUCCCGUCAAGGGUGGCAGAACUACAAACGGUGCUUCAGUGUUCUUAGAGGUGCCCUAUGCGUUGCCACCUGUUCGCUUUCAGGACCCAAAGCCUCUACCUCCUGACUAUCGAUACGAAGACAAGGAUUACAUUUAUGAGACUAAGCACUGCGUUCAGCCCUCGAAUGAUGGACAGGGUGCAGGCACAGCACCAGUGGAUCGUAAGGGCUACGGAGAGCCAUCAGAAGACCCCCUGUUUGUCAAUAUUGCGUGUCAUUCAUCAUCGAAACCUGGAGCGAAUCUGCCAGUCAAAGUAUACAUUCACGGAGGAUUUCUUCAGUUUGGUUCACCCCAUGGCUUGAGCUCCCAGUCCCAAUACGUGGCCGAGUUAAGGAAGGAAAUUCAUGUCAACAUCGGCUAUAGGCUCUCAGUGCUUGGUUUUCUUGCGUGCGACGAGCCCAAGAUAGACGGAAACUUUGGCUUCAAAGAUCAAUGGUUAGCGCUUCAGUGGAUUUCGGAGAAUAUUGCAUCAUUUGGAGGUGACCCGAGUAAUAUCCAACUUUCUGGGCUGUCUGCUGGUGCCCAUGCCGUACACCAAAUCUUGCACCACCUUUCGCACCUGCCCCCAGGGCAGAACUCUCCGUUCCGUUCUGCUCAUUUGCAAUCAAACGCAAUCAUGACUAUCCCUAAAACCCCGUUGGAACUGAGGCAGUCCUUCCAAGCCCUUUGCCGCACCCUCGGUCUCGAUCCUAAUGCCCCCGAUGUUUUGGAGACUCUGAGAGACCCUGCCAAAGUUCCUAUCAAAGCCAUGAUGAAGGUAAUAGAGACAGAUGAAGUUGGUGUCGAGCACGGCACGUACCGAGGAUGUCUUGAUGGCAAUUGGAUCCCUACUACACCCGAUCCAAUGACUUGGCAACGGUCGGGAGGCCUUGCUCGUGCUCUGCGCGAGAAAGGAGUCAAGACCAUUUCUAUUGGCGAUCUGAGCGAGGAGUGGUACCUUUACGCGAUCGCGCACCCGGUUAAAGGUCCACAGGAUGUGUACCCUAACGUCUUGCGGUACUUCCCACGUCCCGUCGUUGAGAAGCUUGUGAACAUGUACCGGACGCUCCCGAGUACAGCAACUGUUGAAGAAUCGAUGAGGCACAUGGGAGAUAUUCUAAGUGAUGGACAGGUGCACAUCCCCGUGAGGAUGUUUGCAAGAGAUUUCCAACAAGCGGGGUUCCCAAUUCUCAGAUAUGCGAUCCGCUGGACUCCAGAACAACUGCGUCCAAAAGGGUUGGUCACGCAUGGAACUGACCGCUGCUUCUGGGCUCUCCGUAUUCCGAGCAUGAAUUAUCCACAGACGAAGAAGGCAAUUGAAUGGCUUGAUGCAUUCGACAAGGAGAUCGCCGCCCUCGAGCAACAGGGCAAGCCAAUUCAUAAGCUUGACGAAGCUCUGACCCUGCAGGAAGACCAAAGCAUCGUGUGGGCAGAAGACAAGAGAUGGGCCGAGUUAAUGAACAUUGCAAAGAUAUUGCCUGGUGAAUCCUAA